GGUAAUAAAAAUAACAAAGUUGAAGCUAAUAAACGUACUGAACUAUUAUACGAAUUUAUUUGGUGGAUAUUUGAUUGCUUUGUUAUUCCACUACUUCAAACUACUUUCUAUAUAACUACUCAUGCAAUGUAUAAAAAUCAG